AUGAAGACUUUUCGCCGCGGCCAGCCGAUUGCGUCCCUGCCAAGAACUGUUAGAAACUUGGUUGUCGUCGCACGUCACUUCGGCGUUCGCUAUACAUGGAAUGAUUGCCUCUGUAUUCUGCAAGACGUCAUCGAGGAUUGGAAAGUCGAGGCACCGAGGAUCAGAGACGCAUUUGCAAACUCGACCUGCAACGUGCUAGCGCCCGAAGCCAGUGAUCCGGAUGGGGUCUUGUUUAUGACCGUGACACCUUCAGCAUCUUGCCGGGCGCUGUGUAUGCGACAUUCAACUCGCCUGUUCUGGAGAGAUAUCUACUCCAAGACGCUCGAUAUCAUGAACAAUGUCUCGGUCAGGGUCCGCUAG